AGCGCGGCGGAGGGAUCCGGGCGGCGCGCACGGCCGGCGGGCGCGGGGCCGCAUCCCCCCUCGCCAUGGUGGUCCUGCGGAGCAGCGCUGCCCGCCCGCCCCGCAUGGCUGCCCGCGACAGCCGCUGUCGGCGGCCCCCCUUCGACCUCCUGGACUCCAGCUCCGAGUUCAUUUCCCUGGAGUCUCCCGCGCUCAGAAGCCACCGCGUGUGGACGCGCUCCGGGUCCGCCAGGGCCGCGGUAUCCAGGGGCGCCCGGAGAGCCGAGGAGGCCAAAUAUUCCUCUGGCAACAUUGAAUGUUUCAAUGGACACUGUUUAAGAUCAAUGAGAAAAAACAUGCCACGCUGCUCAGAGUCUAGCUUUGACAAAAGCAUGGAAAUAUUAAGUGAAAAUGUCAAUCGACACUUUUCGAGGCAGUUGGCAAAGCCAAAAUCAGGCCCAAAAAAGGAAGACUAUAAAGAAGUGUCCAGAACACUGAAGACCAGAGCUGAUGCAAAAGCUGCAGAGCAAGUCCAUGAGGAAAAUGGGGAUCUGGAGGUUCGCCGCAGCUGCAGACUUCGACAAAGCCGUUAUUCCACUACCAAUGAAUCUGUUUUGUUUGACAAACUUAUAACAAAUACUGCAGAAGCAGUCUUGCAAAAAAUGGAUGACAUGGAGAAGAUGCGCAGACGGCGAAGGAUGGGAGACCUGGAGGAGUUCCAUGAUACAGAAGAAGAAAGCCUUGAUAUGGAAAGGACUGAUGAAGAAAUAGCUGAUAAUCAAGGGGGUUCCUCAGAAGAAAGUGAAGCCAAAGAAGACGAUGGUGAAGACAAUCGAAAGCGUUACUCCUUUCGGCAGAGGAAAACUGUUGAGCGCUAUCAAGCUCCAUUGCAAAAACCAAGACAACGUAAGAUGUAUUUUUCAGACAGGUCUUCACCUGUCAGACAAAGAGAUUCAUGCAAGGGAACUAACAGACGGAGACACACAGUCCCCAGCAGUGAUUCCUCUUCCUCAUCUGAUGAUGAAGAGGAUUUUGAGAGGCAGAGGAACAGAAAUUUAAGAAGGUCUCUUCCUGUCAACUUUCGGAAAAGUGACUUAAAGGGAGUUCACAAAGAUCGCAUGAAAAUCGGAGCGAGUCUGGCUGAUGUUGAUCCAGUGCAAAUAGAUUGUUCAGUACGUUUUGAUGGCAUUGGUGGUCUUGCUGACCACAUUUCUGCUUUAAAAGAGAUGGUUGUUUUUCCAUUGCUUUAUCCAGAAGUCUUUGAGAGGUUCAAAAUUCAACCUCCAAGAGGCUGUCUGUUCUAUGGUCCACCAGGGACAGGAAAGACGUUGGUUGCUCGUGCACUUGCUAAUGAAUGUAGCCAAGGUGACAGGAGAGUAGCCUUUUUUAUGAGAAAAGGUGCUGACUGCCUGAGUAAAUGGGUUGGGGAAUCGGAACGACAGCUUCGUUUGUUAUUUGAUCAGGCCUACCAGAUGCGACCUUCAAUUAUUUUCUUUGAUGAGAUUGAUGGUCUUGCUCCUGUACGGUCCAGUAAACAAGACCAAGUUCAUAGCUCUGUUGUAUCAACACUUCUGGCUCUUAUGGAUGGCUUAGACAGCAGAGGAGAGGUUGUGGUAAUUGGAGCCACCAACAGGCUGGAUUCUAUAGAUCCUGCUUUACGAAGACCAGGACGCUUUGAUCGAGAGUUUCUCUUCAGCUUGCCAAACAAAGAGGCAAGAAAAGAGAUUUUCAAAAUUCACACACGAGACUGGACCCUGAAGCCAUUGGACAAGUUUCUGGAAGAGCUGGCUGAGAAAUGUGUUGGGUACUGUGGUGCUGAUAUUAAAGCCUUAUGUGCUGAAGCUGCUCUCUGUGCUUUGCGCCGCCGCUAUCCUCAGAUAUAUGAAAGGAGUGAGAAGCUGCAGUUAGACAUCGCUUCAAUUAAAAUAACAGCAAAGGAUUUUCUCAUGGCCAUGCAGAAGACUGUUCCAGCUUCACAGAGGGCUGUGGUUUCACCUGGGCGAGCACUAUCACCCAUUUUAAAACCACUGUUAGAAAACACACUGGAAAGAAUUUUACAAGCCUUACAGAGAGUAUUUCCCCACGCAGAGCUUGCACUGAAGAAGGACCAACAGCAAGGAAAUUAUGCGAUUGACAGCGAAGAGGAAUCACCAUCAAUCUUUGAAGAGAAUCCAACUCACAAAGUACCAGAUCGUGAAAAGGCAGAAUUCCUCACUUUAAACAGAAAUCCUCGUUGCCAGCCAACAUCUUUCAGGCCACGGUUCUUAUUAGUUGAAGAUCCAGGGUGUGGGCAGGCUUUUCAUCUGGCACCUGCAGUAAUCCAUGCCCUGGAGAAGUUUCCUGUUUAUACACUAGACCUACCUGCUUUGUUUGUUAGCAUCACAUCCCCAGAAGAAACAUGUGCACAGGAUGUUGUUUUCUUAUCUGAGCUUUCAUUUUGCCAGUUGAUGCGAGAAGCUCAAAGAACAGCACCAAGUAUCAUUUAUGUCCCACAAAUCCCUUUGUGGUGGGACACUGUUGGACCUACAGUGAAAGCUGUUUUUACAACACUACUGCAGAACAUUCCAACGUUUGCUCCAGUUCUGCUUCUUGCAACAACUGAUGUAAAACAUGGAGAUCUCCCAGAAGAGAUAAAAGCUUUAUUUAAUAAUGAUUGUGAAGAAGUUUUUAAGAUCCAGUGGCCUACCUGUGCUGAAAGAAGAAGUUUUUUUGAGGACUUAGUUAUGAAGCAAGCUGCUGAACCUCCUGCAUCAAAAAACAACUCAGCUCGGCAGCCGCUGGAAGUUCUGCCCUUAGCACCGCCACCAAAGCCUCGACAGCUGUCAGAGGAAGAACUAAAACAGCUGGAGGAGCAGGAGGAGGACACGCUGCGGGAACUGAGGAUUUACUUACGGGAUGUGACUCACAGACUUGUCAUUGACAGACGUUUCAGGGCAUUCACAAAGCCUGUUGACCCACAGGAGGUACCUGAUUACAAUGCUGUUAUUAAACAACCCAUGGACCUUUCUACAGUUCUGUCCAAGAUUGACAUGCACCAGUACCCAACUGCAAGAGACUUUCUAAAAGACAUUGAUCUAAUCUGUAGCAAUGCUUUAGAGUACAACCCAGCUAAAGAUCCUGGAGAUCGUCUCCUCAGGCACAGAGCCUGUGCUUUGAGAGACACUGCCUAUUCCAUAGUGAGGGAGGAAAUGGAUGAAGAUUUCGAACGACGCUGCCAAGAAAUCAAAGAAUCUCGUAAGCAGAGAGGUUCAGACUGUGCUUCCUCUUACUUCUGUGUAAUGCCAAAGGAGGACUCUGCUCCUGGGUGUAAGAAAACAGACCCAAAGUGUGAUGAAAAACUGAAGAUCCUAGCAGUGCCUGUGGAUGUCAGUACUCCCUGCUCUAAAGUAGAGAAGUCAAAAAGAAAACGCAAAAGGAGGAGAGACUCUUCAAGUAUUGCAGCAAAGAAGAGGAAUGUCCAGUUCAAUAAAGAGAAUAAAAUUCCCAAAGACCAAAAUGAAGUGGAGAGCAAUGAAGAGUCUAGCACAGAUUGCACUGAAUUUGCAUCCCCUCAGGAUACUCCUGUUGAGGAACAUGAAAAUGUACUUCAAGAACGACAGAAAAAUGGGACAGAAAAUGAAAGAGAGAGAGUUCUCCAUGCGGGUAAAUCUCCUGGAAAAAGGAGAGAACAUUCAGACCUAAGAGAGCAGAGUGAGAUGCCAGACUGUCAGAAAGCUGGAACUUCUGAAGACGGACAUUCACAUGAUUUGUUGGUACACCGUAUGACUCGUGCAAGAUCUUCUCAGGUGGAAGAGAAACAGCUGGGAUGUGUUGGGAAGGCAAUGAAAAUUGGCACACAGAGAGUGUUUGUGGAUUACUGUGAGCUCAAACAAGUGCUGCAUUCUAUUGCCGUGGUAACUGAGAACGUCAGUAUAUUUCGCAUGGAAAAGCUAUAUGCUGUCCUUAGCCAGUGCAUUUACCAACACCGGGAAGAUGGUGACAAAAAUGAAUUAGUGAAGGCAAUGAAGAAAGAAAUUACAGCCUUCAGUUAUCCAUGAUACUUGAUUUCAGCUGACUUGACACACUCUGUAAUGUUUUCUUUUUAUUGCAUGCUGGUUUUCCUUUGCAUUGUUCAAUAAAUACUAGGUCUACAUAUAUAUAUUUAUACAAAUAUGUCUUAAAAUUUAUUAAGAAACCUCAAAGUCAUUUAAUGACUUUGAUAUUUCCCGUCUACAUAUGUAUAUUUUAAUGUGACAUACUGCUGUGAUUGCCUUUUGAACUCAACAGAUCUGAAUAAAUAAUUUCAGUACCUCUCUUUUAAAGAAAACCUAACUUGAAACACAGCAAGAUUCACUACUGUAACUUUCUAAGGUAAAGUUUCAUCAUGCUUGUAAUAAUGACAAUCUUAAUAUUGGAGAAAAGCAUUUUAACACAAAUUGUUAGUUCAUCAGAUGGCUUGUAGUUGAAUUCAGUUGUAAAUAGUUUUCUAGUUACCUGGGAAGAAUCAUAUCUCUUUAUUACAUAAAAGUGAAUAUAUUGUUGGUGAUAAUUAUAUUGAAGUAAAGGCAAAGCAGUGCCCUGUUUUGAAGAAGUAUUUCUCUUCAAACCAGCAGAGAAAUUUCUGUUAAUUUGAUAGUUAUUAAAAAUAAGACAAAGUUUAACUAUAUGAAAAUAAAAUUUUAUAUAAAUCAUAAAAUAUGUGGCAUGACCCUUCACUCUUCUUUUCUGUCACCUCACAUACACAAUGUGUGGCGAUACUGAACACCAAACUGUGCAAUCCUUCUUUGUGUUUUGUUUCUUACCUCUGUCAGUAGUGCUCUCUUUUUGUGUCCUUCUACUGUGUUUGUUCAAACAUUGGUGUGCUGUGUAGAUUUUUUUUCUCUGUAUCGUUUGGUGGGUAUUAAUAAAAAAUUAAUCUCUUUUUA